GCCCAGCAGCGCCAGUGCAACAUCGCAGCAAUAGCCUCUUCUGUACAUUGACACCAUGGAUCCAGCAAGAAGAGCUAUGCUCAACAAUCGCGACUCACCCGCCAGAGAUAUCACCGCUCCCCGACGUGAUGCGACUUCUCGAAUUUCCAAGCCAGCGCGCCAACACACCCCCACGAGCAGAAAUGCUGAUAAUCGCCCUCCACGGAAUAUGCAGACUCAAGAUGACGAACAGACAAAGCGAUGGGUUUCCCAAGAGGACAGUUUUGUGUUGAAACAGGCAAAGAAGAAGGCAGACAUUCGAGUCCGGGAAGGCAGAGCCAAACCCAUCGAUUGGCUUGCCGUCAUUCUCCGUGCGAUUGACCCGGAUAGAGACCUUUUGGACGACGACGAGGAACAAGAGGAGGUGCGAGUCGAUGUUGUGGAUCCGGAGGGUGUUUUUGAGGGCCUCAACGAUGCGCAGCUUGGAGAGUUGGAAACCGAUAUUAAAUCAUACUUGGCCUUGGAGACGAACACGAAGAACCAAGAUUACUGGAAAACAAUGCAGAUUAUUUGCAAUGAUCGGCGCCAAAGAUUGAAGCCGCAAGGUCGCGAAGGACGUGCUGUAGGAUCCGUGGCUGCCGACGUCGACAAGCUUCUCAGCCCGAAAACAUAUGAACAACUAGAAGCACUGGAGAAGCAAAUACGGACGAAAUUACAAUCAAACGAGCCGAUUGAUGUUGAUUACUGGGAGCAGCUUUUGCGCAGCUUGCUCAUCUGGAAGGCAAAGGCCAAACUUAAGAAGGUUUAUCAAUCAGUUCUCGACAGCCGAAUGGAAACACUACGCAAGCAACAAGAAGAGGAUGCUUUAGAAGUGCGUUCAAGGUUGCAGGCGUUGUUGACAGGACCUGCAUUAGUCAUUGAUGAGAGUACUGAUACAUCAGUCAAGGACUCCGAAGAUGUCUCACAAUUAAUCCGACGUCAACCUAAAUUCCAGUAUAACUCGAGGCAUGACCCAGAACCGCUACUGAAGUUGCACAACGAAGAUAAAACAAGCGAAAUCAUUGAUGAAUCCGUCUUUCUUCAGAAGGUAGUUGCCGAUCGUCGCCGAGUUCUGAAACUUGGUUAUGUGCCCUCUCAACAGAUGGCCACUGAGAAGGCACCAUCUGCAUCCACCAGCAAAGUAAGUAAUACGGUAGUCGGAAAUGCACCUCCAGGCACGCAGAGAUUUUCCAGUAUUGCAAAUGAGGACUUCUCACAAGCUACCACUGCUUUGUAUGAGAGAGAAGUCGCCCGAGGGGUAAACGAAGAUGAAGAAAUCUUUACUGGGGAAGAAUCAGUACCAACUUCCGCAAAACCGCAAUGGGCAGACAAAUACCGGCCGAGAAAGCCUCGAUAUUUCAACCGUGUGCAGAUGGGUUAUGAAUGGAACAAGUAUAAUCAAACGCAUUACGAUCAUGAUAAUCCACCACCAAAGGUAGUCCAAGGUUACAAAUUCAACAUAUUCUAUCCGGAUCUGAUUGACAAGGCCAAAGCUCCUACUUUCAAAAUUAUACGGGAACACGGACGCAAGCGAGGAGAGUCCUUUGCACCCGCUGGGGAAGAGGAUACCUGCCUUAUUCGUUUCAUUGCUGGGCCACCAUAUGAAGACAUUGCUUUUAGAAUUGUUGACAAGGAAUGGGAUUACAGUGCCAAGAGGGAUCGUGGCUUUAGAAGUAGCUUUGACAAGGUAUGUGAAUAUCAGGGUAUUUCUAGCAUUAAUGCGAGGUAGCACAGCAGCCGCGAUGGUCUAGCCGCGCGUUGGUGGUAUCAACUAAUACCCCUUGUCUACAACGCUAACCGCUUUCCUAUAGGGGAUACUCCAGCUACACUUCCAGUAUAAAAAGGUAGGAGAUAGCUAACCCUCUUUCGAGCUUUGAAUUGCUGACUCGUCAUUAGAUUUACUACAGAAAGUAAUUGUCUGGGCAUGGCUUGCAUGGUCAGCGUUUUCUCUGGCUUGCAAGUAAGACUCCUGUAGAGAAUAGAAAAUCAAGCAUACUAAUUUUACAAAAA